AUGACUGGCAAUCCCUUCAUCGGGUACAAGCUUCCUAUCGUUAAGGCACAUGACGACAUCUACAAACGGUUCGAAAAUGGCUCCUCCAACGGUACCCAGAGACGAUUUGUUCGUGCUAUGCAGCAAUAUACAUUAGGUGUAGCGCACCACGUCGGACAUUUCACCACCGAUCACAUCCCGUCCCUACAGGAGAUGCUAUCGACACGUCAGCUAUCGGUCGGCGUCGCGCCACUCUACCAUCUCGUUGAGUACGCGCAUGAGAUUGUGCUUCCAGAUGAGGUCUUUGAGCACCCCGUGAUCCAAGCACUAGAGCGCCUCGGUGCUGACUUCGUUAUUCUAUCUAACGAUAUACUCUCGUACCGCAAGGAAGAGGUAAGCCCUGGCUCGAAGAUACGUGUAUAA